AUAGUGGCAGAAUUUUGGUAAAGCAUAUCUUCAACAACGGUGCUGCUCGAUGAGCGAUAUUGGAAACCGAUCAGACCUGGUAUGGCACCCACAACGGAGUCGAGACUGAACGUGGAGGCUUUAAGUAAGAGAGAUGUGCUGCUACUCUUCAGUGUACUGGAAGGGGAGCUGGAGGCCAGAGACUUUGUCAUACAGGCACUCAGGGCCCAGCACCGAGAUUCUUACAUGUGGGAGCGAUAUUGCAAAUACAACCUGAGCGAUCCAUUUCUGGCCCUGCAGAGAGACAGCGAGGUUCUUCAGAGCUCCGGCCAGGGUAGGGGAGAUGAUGGAGUUUCCUCCCAGAGACGAGACGGGGUAUGUGGGGCCACGGCUCGCUCUGAUCCUUUGGCGGUGCUAAAGCUUGUGAUUGGACACUGCAGAAGGAUGCAGGAGAAAAUGCUGAAACAGUUGGCAGCUGUAGAGAGCAGACACAGAAGGGUUAUUGCUGAUCUGGAGGAGGAGAAGAGAAGGCAUGCUGAAGAUACUGCAGAAGGAGAUGAUGUCACUUAUAUCUUAGAAAAGGAGAGAGAGCGCCUCCUGCAGCAGUUGGAGUUUGAGAAGGUGAAGACGUCUCGAAUGGAGAGGGAGAACAAACGACUACACGAUCAGUUAGAAGAUGAGUGUGUCCAGCAUAAACAGCUCAUGACGGCACUGAGACGGGAAUGCAAGCGCUCCGGGUCCCGCGCACACGAGGAGUCCCAGCGCGCCAACGAACUCAGCCAUUGGCUUGAAAGUGAACGAGUGGCCAACCAGACUUUGAGGGCGGAGCUUGAGGAAGAAAAGAGGCGGGCUAUGCAAAUGGAGGCCAGGAGAGAGGAGCUAUUGGCCCAGUUUGACACUGAAAGAGAACAGCUUGGGCUGAGAUUACGAAAGGAGGAAGUGCGUUGCAAGGAGCUAAUGGAACAAUUGGAGAAGUUGAGGAGAAUGAUGAGCAAUGGAGAGUUUGAGACAACUGUGGAGAAAUCAAACAUGACACAACCAAAGAUGAAUGGACACCAUGUUCCAGCAGAAGAAGAUGGAUAUGUUGAGAGGCAAAGAAAGGAGAAUGUACCAGAAAAUCAAGUCAUCUCUCCAGACAUGCCCUGUCUACAAGCGGCGUACCAAGCAGGCAUCAACCAACGUUUCCACGCUGCACGUCAUAAAUUCCAAGGCACACCUGAUCUUGAUACCCAAGCCUUACCACAACCUGGUGCAUGUGACCUCUCUCCCAUUGCAGCCUAUGUAACUUCACCAGACAGCGCUUCUUCUAAACAAGCCGCCCGCAGCACGGUCACUCAAGCCCUGAGUCGUUUCAGCACUCAGCAGGGUUCCAGCAAACCAGCCGCCCCCAACAGCUCCCCUUUCGGCACAGAUUACCGCACCCUGCCCCAUUCUGGGAUAAUGUCUCCAACUAUUCCCAGAGCUGAGAGAGGGAACCCACCCCCAAUCCCACCCAAGAAACCAGGCCUCGCUGACACGCCACUGUCUCCGGCCAGUCUCAGAGCUGCUCACUUGGCUCAGAUGUCGUCCGGUUGGGGACGCAUCAAUAAUCCAGACAACAGCAAAGAACCAGACCUGUUGCUGUCAUCUAGUGGCUAGGAAGCACAAAGCAUCAUGACUAUUAUAUUACAUACACUACAAGUCCAAAAGUAUGUGGACAUCCCAUUCUAAUUAACAGGUUUGGCUGAAGACAAAUCUUAAUGCUACAGAAUACAAUGGAUGACCAACUAUCUAUUAAUGCCAAUGGGAAUGUUCUGUGUUCAAAACCAUUUAAACUCAAUUAACAACAUUUUUGCCAUAAUGUUGAUUACCAUAAACAAUUAUUUUGACUCAUCCCUUAUUCAUAAAAUUAAAAAUAUUUGCUUUCAGUAAGGCACUUACAAUGGAAGUGAAUGGGACCCAUCCAUAAACAUUAAGAUACACAUCAUUUAAAAAAUAUAGCCACAAGAUGUAAACAUUAGGUGUGUUAACAUGAGGUAAAAUCAGGGAUUUACCAGCAUUAUGGCAUUUAGUAGAUUACAGUAUUAACCAACGGUACGUCGGCAUGACAACACAUUUGUAAUAUUGGAUAUAACUUUACACAGAUAGAUUAGUAAGGGAUUCUAUCACACUAAUAUCAUGUUAACAGGUUUAAUAUUUGUUUCUUGUGGCUAUACUUUUGAAAGUGUUUACUGUAACUUUUAUGCACUGGCCCCAUUCACUUCCAUUGUAAGUGCCUUACAAUCAAACUUGUGGUAUUUAAAAUGAUGCCAUAAUUGCUGUUGAUUUAGCUUAAUUUCUAUUGUACCCCCAAAGAUUCCUUUAAAUGCACAAAUCUACAUAGACACACAGUUGUCUACAUGGUUUUGAACAUAUAUACAGUAAAUGUACAGUAUAUAUGACCAAGAACUUGUCAAACACUGUUUAUUAUUUUUUGUAGUGGACAUUUCAGGUAUUUCUUUAAUCAUUACAGAAGAUUUUAAACAUGGAAUAUCUUUUGUAACUUUGCAAUGAUAAUCUCAUGGGUGUUUGCAUGACAUUUAACAUUAUACUGUCAAAUGCAUGUUGGUUGUGUGCAUGAAUUUAAAAUUAUAUUAUACAUUCUGUAUGUAACAAAACCCUCCAUGAGAAAGUCACUUUUUAUCACUGACAAUCUUGUACCAGCUUCUAUAAAUAGAUUAUAUAUAUAUUCAUAUUUUGACAAAUAUUUAUAUAUACAUGAAAUAGCAUCUAAAUAGUUUAAUUUUAAACGAUUUUCUAGUUUAUACACUGAAUUGUAUAUUUAACACAUUGCAUGUGCUCACAUAGCAGUUUGAAGUUUAAACCUAAAUUUCCCAUCAAUAUUUACAUGCUUGCUCUGAAUCAUAUAAAUUGCAUAUUUGUAUCACCUUGUUCCCGUUUAUUCUAGAUGUUGGUAUUCUUUUUGUAAUCAUCUGUUUACUGAUAUGAAUGUUAUUUUUCAUAAACCAAGAUUAUUGUACUUAAUGUUCCAUAUAAUUGAUUGUUAUAAUAUUAUGCUUGUUGGUAUGGUUUGGGAAUGAAUUAUUAUGGAUUAUUUGUAGAUUCUAUUAUAUCUACUGCCUGAACCCAGCCAGCAGGGGGCACUGGCUGGUAAAGUAGCACAUGCAAGAACAGGAUCACCCAUCUUCAGCCAUUAAUAGACGAGACCAUGUUUGAAAUGGAACACUAGCAUAAAGCACACUGCACAGUAUGCACAGUAUACUGAGUGCCUACUGUUUUUAUAAUAGUAUUUGAAACUAUGCAUUCUGCGAUAUUUUGUUAUCAUGACAUUAAAUAAAAACAUUUAUUUU